AAAAUAAACCUUUGAUAGAUCACAGCCAAUCACCCCUUGAAAACAGAGAUAUAACUGCUUCGAAAUUCGCACAUUCUCACACCACUAAAUCCCAAAUUCUACUCAAUUCGAGUCGAAUUUCGAUAUUUUUCAUCAUCUUCACGGAAAUUCAGUUCAAUUUCAGAUUUUCCGGUGCUCGUGUAUCACAAAUGCUGGGGCAAAAGUGAAAGUGCACUAAGUUUAACGUUAUUUUGCUAAUUUCGUGAAAAUAACGUUAAAAAGAGGGGAUGGUUAAUCAUGCAUCAUGUGGUGGCGCUGAUAGCCGAAAGACAAGGGGGUACAUGCACUAAUCGGCAGUUGUCUCAAUUGCUGAGUGUUAUGUGCCUUAUGUCCAAGGCUUGAUGCAAAACUACUAUCGAGCCGGGGGUCUCACUGGAAGCAGCCUCUCUAUUCCUACAGGGUAGAGAGAAAGAUCGAGAACUGAUUAGAAUAAGUUUGGUUUCUGCAAGUUAUAUGUCUGCAGUCUGCACUCAUGUCAAUGCUUUCAUUAUCCUCUGCUACUCAGCCUACUUGCUUAACCUGUGGAACCAUUAAAAUCUCCAAAUUAAUAAUUGCUGAUAGUUGCAAAUAUGGUAGAAGAGCGACACAAAGUUUUGGAAGAAUGGAUCUCGGACAGAACCUAGUGUUUGGGAAAACCGCAAAAAACAUUAUCAAAGGUUUGUACCACAAUCCUAGGUUUGGAAUUUUGGCUGCCUCGACUCUUCCCGUUAUUCAAACCGCUGAAAAAUUAUCCACUUAUUUAUUCAGAACAGAGAAGGGUGGAAAUGUGACGGUUAUUAUUACUAGGUUAAAAGAUGGAAAAUAUGGAGUAAAUGUAGAAAUUUCCUCUUUGCAACUUACCGGCAAUGAUGCCGACAUAAUUAUGAGCUGGGGCGUGUUCAGAUCCGAUUCGUCAUCACGGAUCCCUAUACAUUCAAGCGAUUCCGGAAUCUUUGAAACCCCUUUUGCGAUCGAUUCUCUAAACAAGUUUUCAGCUGAAUUGGAGUUCGAUGCGAGUUUAGCUCCGUUUUACAUUUCAUUUUUGUUAAAAUGGCAUCUCGAUGGUGAAACGGUUGAAAUCAAAAGCCAUCGAAAGACAAAUUUUUGUUUUCCGGUGGGUGUAAAAUCCGGACGUCCGGGUCCACUUGGCGUUUCGUAUUCAGCUGAUGGAUCGUUAAAUUUUGCUCUUUUUUCAAGAAACGCGAAAAGCGUGAUCUUGUGCUUGUUUGAUGACAGUUCCAGUGAAGAACCCGUUAUAGAGAUUGAUUUAGAUCCGUAUGUUAACCGAUCAGGUGACAUAUGGCAUGUUUCAAUGGAUAAUGCUAUGAACUUUGUGUCAUACGGUUAUCGGGUCAAAAAUGAUGGUCAAGAAAAGUCUUCCGUUGUACUAGAUCCUUAUUCCAAGGUCAUUGCAGAGAAUUCGCUUGGGAAAAUAUGUAAAGAACCUACUUUCGAUUGGAGUGAUGAUGUCAGACCGAACUUACCAAUGGAGAAACUAACGGUUUAUCGGUUAAACGUGAUGGAUUUCACGAGGGACGCGUCGAGUAACUUACCAGACGAAAUCCGGGGGACCUUUUCUGCCAUUAGUGAAAAGUUGCAUCAUUUGAAAGAUUUGGGUGUUAAUGCAGUCUUGUUAGAACCAAUAGCUCCGUAUGAUAAGCUAAAAGGACCGUAUUACCCUUCGCAUUUCUUUUCACCACAAAACUCAUAUGGACCUCAUGGUGACUCUACAUCAACGAUUAACUCAAUGAACGAAAUGGUGAAAAGAUUACACGCGAACGGGAUCGAGGUUUUACUAGAAGUCGUUGUCACUCAUACGUGUGAUAGUUCAUCACUGGCGAAAAUAGAUAAACCGUCUUAUUAUUAUUCCAAUAAUGCCCUCAACUGUGCCCAUCCGGUUGUUCAACAAUUGAUACUAGAUAGUCUUAAACAUUGGGUGAUCAACUACCAUAUUGACGGGUUUUGUUUCAUCGAUUCUUCUUCUAUGAUUAACGGGUUUAAUGGAGAACAUCUUUCUCGCCCACCUUUAAUCGAAGCAAUCGCGUUCGAUCCUGUACUCUCAAAAACCAAGAUCAUCGCUGAUUCAUUCGACCCGCUUCUAAAUUCCACAAAAGAAAUCCAGUUUCCUCAUUGGAAGAAAUGGGCUGAAAUGAAUUCCAGAUUCUGCAGUGAUGUGAGAAACUAUCUAAGAGGUGAGAGUCUCGUUAGUAAUCUUGCGACCCGCUUAUGUGGCAGUGGUGAUAUCUUCUUAAACGGGCGUGGGCCCGCUUUUUCGUUCAACUUCGUGGCCCGAAACCACGGGCUUUCUCUUGUGGACUUGGUGAGCUUUAGUAGCGCCUCAGAGUUAAGUUGGAACUGCGGCGAAGAAGGCGCGACGAAAAAGAGAACCGUGCUCGAAACUAGACUAAAACAAAUUCGGAAUUUUCUUUUUAUUUUAUAUGUUUCGUUGGGUGUUCCGGUUCUUAAUAUGGGAGAUGAAUGUGGUCAAUCAUCAGGUGGGAAGAUUUCGGUUAAAGAGCGAAAACCGUUUAACUGGAAAUCUUUGAAAACCGGGUUCGCGGUCCAAACGAUUGAAUUCAUUUCGUUCUUGAGUUCGUUAAAGAUCAAACGAAGUGAUCUUCUUCAAAGGAGGGAGUUUUUAAAAGUCGAGAAUAUCGACUGGUAUGGACCGGAUUUAUCUCUGCCAAAUUGGGAAGAUCCUACAAGCAAAUUCUUAGCUAUGAGUUUGAAGUGUGACCAAAAUGAUGAAAACGCGUUGACUAGUGACAUGUUUGUCGCUUUUAACGGUGGAGAUAGUCCGGUAACCGCCACUUUGCCGCCACCUCGGUUGGGUAUGGAGUGGGUUCGGUUGGUGGAUACGGGUCUUCCAUAUCCGGGCUUCUUCUCAACGACGGGUGAACCUGUCGUUGAGAAGAUUCCGGGGUCACUUGGUUAUCAGAUGACACCUCAUAGUUGUGUUUUGCUUGAGGCUAGGAAUGUAGAUGGUUAAUGCUCAUUUAUUGGUACAUUGAUGUGAUUCUUGAGCUUUGCUUGUCAUAAAGAAUAUAGUUUUUUGUUUAUGUUAAUAAAAGGUAUUACAUUUUUUAUUAGAA